GGUCUGCGCUGCUUCGACCAUGGCGACUCGCGGCGUGGGACUGCUGACCCGUUUGCCCCUGUGUUCCCAGAGAAGAAGUCGAGGCCAGCGGCUUCCAUUCAGGCUUCUCACUUGUCAAGGGACGGUGGCUGCGGACCUUCGAGGGGGCGAGCGGCCGUCGGGGAGCGUGGAGACAGGCUCUGAAGACAAGACUCCCAAGAAGAGGUUCUCUGAGCUGCAGCAAGAACGAAGAGAACAGGCCCAGCGGAGUGUCUUAAUACAUUGUCCAGAUAAAAUCAGCGAAAAGAAGUUUCUCAAGUAUUUAUCCCAGCAUGGGCCCAUUAACAAUCAUUUCUUCUAUGAGAGCUUUGGUCUCUAUGCUGUUGUAGAAUUUUGCCAGAAAGACAGUAUAAAUUCACUGCAGAAUGGAACUGUUACUCCAAGCCUGAGAACAGAGGCUGCCAUUCCCUUCCGGUCACGUUUCUUCAACCUAAAGCUGAGGAGUCCCUCCAACCAGACUUCUGAGCAGUCCAGUGUGCAGCCGAAUAAUCAGUCACCUCCCUCGAGCAAGAAGCUUCUUGAAUCACUUUGCUAUGCAGAAAGUGUAGACGAGCAGCUGAACACCCUGCUCAGGGCCUGGCAGCUGACCGAGGAGAGCACCAGACUCCGCUACCUGACCUGCUCCCUUGUGGAGGACAUGGCCGCUGCCUACUUCCCUGGCUGUGCAGUCAGGCCCUUCGGCUCCUCGGUGAACACUUUUGGGAAACUGGGAUGUGAUUUGGACAUGUUUAUGGAUCUAGAUCACAUUGGAAAACUCGAUAGUCACAAGAAUGCAGGAAAAUUUUUGGUGGAAUAUCAAGUGAAAAAUGUUCCUUCAGAAAGAAUUGCAACCCAGAAGAUCCUGUCUGUGAUAGGAGAGUGCCUUGACCAUUUUGGCCCUGGUUGUGUGGGUGUGCAAAAAAUACUCAAUGCUAGAUGUCCACUUGUGAGAUUCUCCCACCAGGCCUCUGGAUUUCAGUGUGAUUUGACUACUAAUAAUAGGAUUGCCUUGAAAAGCUCAGAACUUCUUUAUAUCUAUGGGGCCCUGGAUUCAAGAGUGAGAGCCCUGGUGUUCAGUGUGCGCUGCUGGGCCCGAGCUCACUCGGUAACAAGCAGUAUUCCUGGUGCUUGGAUUACGAACUUUGCCUUGACGCUGAUGGUCAUCUUUUUCCUCCAGAGAAGAUCGCCCCCUGUUCUCCCAACUCUGGAUUUCCUCAAAACCCUUGCAGGUGCUGAAGAUAAGUGUAUAAUAGAAGGUAACAAUUGUACAUUUGUCCGUGACUUGAAUAAAAUCAAACCUUCAGAAAACACAGAAACUCUAGAAUUACUGCUGAAGGAAUUCUUUGAAUAUUUUGGCAAUUUUGCUUUUAAUAAAAAUUCCAUAAGCAUCCGACAGGGAAGGGAACAGAACAAGCCAGAUUCGUCGCCUCUCCACAUUCAGAACCCUUUUGAAACGUCUCUCAACAUAAGCAGAAAUGUCAGUCAGGGACAGCUACAAAAAUUUGUAGAUUUGGCCAGAGAAAGUGCAUGGAUUUUAGAGCAGGAAGGGGUAGAUCACCCUUCCCCAUCCCAUAAUCAGCCUUGGGGGCUGGCAGCGCUCCUGGUGUCCUCCUUAGCCAGCGGCAAGUCUUCCUCAGGAAAGAAGAGGAGAAGGCCUGCGAGUGAGAGAGUCAAAAGCUUGUUGGAGUCCAUAAGAGGUCCCAGCGCGGAUGCGAACGCUGAUGGGAAAAGAACACUUAGCACGCAGACCCAGUGACUGCUGCAGCCUUGCCCUGAGCACAGUGGACCGUGGGGAAGAGCUGGUCUGAGACUGGCCGCCUUUCUGAGCGUCAGCCGCGGGAGUGGGCCGGAGAUCGGAGCCGCUUUGAAUUCUGCGACGCGAAGGAUAAAAGUCAGUUUAUGUCCACAUCACCCCCUCCUUGGAAAACACUUCAAAAGACUUUUAGUUAUAUAUGUACAUAUAUAUACAUAUACACACACAGAGAGAGGAUUAUAAUAAAUAUCUGAAAUUUGGUGAUACUCUUUAA